CGCGGCACCCAGCGCGGGCGAGCCACCUCCCCUGCCGCCCGCCAGCAAGUUUAGCGGCUCCGAGCCCAGAGCCCAGAGAGCUUUCAGAAGGAUUGGCUUCUUGCUGGCAUUGGUGCGCCCUGCUUGGCGGGGAGCCUCAGGAGCGAUGCCGAUGGAUGUGAUUUUAGUUUUAUGGUUCUCUGUGUGCACCGCCAGGACAGUGUUGGGCCUUGGGAUGGACCCUGAGCUUCAGAUGGACAUUAUCACAGAACUUGACCUUGUGAACACCACCCUGGGAGUCACUCAGGUGGCUGGAAUACACAAUGCCAGCAAAGCAUUUCUAUUUCAAGAUGUACAGAGAGAGAUCCACUCGGCCCCUCACGUCAGUGAGAAGCUGAUCCAAUUGUUCCGGAACAAGACUGAGUUCACUUUCUUGGCCACGGUGCAGCAGAAGCCUUCCACCUCAGGGGUGCUGCUGUCUAUCCGCGAGCUGGAACACAGCUAUUUUGAACUGGAGAGCAGUGGUCCAAGGGAAGAAAUACGCUACCAUUACAUACAUCGCGGGAAGCCCAGGAUGGAGGCCCUUCCCUACCGCAUGGCCGACGGACAGUGGCACAAGGUUGCACUGUCAGUGAGCGCCUCCCACCUCCUGCUCCACGUGGACUGCAAUAGGAUCUACGAGCGUGUUAUAGACCCUCCAGAGACCAACCUUCCUCCAGGAAGCAAUCUGUGGCUUGGGCAACGUAACCAAAAGCAUGGCUUUUUCAAAGGAAUCAUCCAGGAUGGCAAGAUCAUCUUCAUGCCGAACGGGUUCAUCACACAGUGUCCUAACCUAAAUCGCACUUGCCCAACAUGCAGCGAUUUCCUGAGCCUGGUUCAAGGAAUAAUGGAUUUACAAGAGCUUUUGGCCAAGAUGACUGCAAAACUGAAUUAUGCAGAGACAAGACUUGGUCAACUGGAAAAUUGCCACUGUGAGAAGACCUGCCAAGUGAGCGGGUUGCUCUACAGGGACCAAGACUCCUGGGUGGAUGGUGACAACUGCAGGAACUGCACAUGCAAAAGUGGUGCGGUGGAGUGCCGAAGGAUGUCCUGUCCGCCACUCAACUGUUCCCCAGACUCGCUUCCUGUGCACAUUUCCGGCCAGUGUUGUAAAGUCUGCAGGCCAAAAUGUAUCUAUGGAGGAAAAGUUCUUGCUGAGGGCCAGCGGAUUUUAUCCAAGAGCUGCCGGGAAUGCCGAGGUGGAGUCUUGGUAAAAAUUACAGAAGCUUGCCCUGCUUUGAACUGCUCUGAAAAGGACCAUAUUCUUCCUGAGAACCAGUGCUGCAGGGUCUGCCGAGGUCAUAACUUCUGUGCGGAAGCACCUAAGUGUGGAGAAAACUCGGAGUGCAAGAACUGGAAUACAAAAGCAACUUGUGAGUGCAAGAACGGAUACAUCUCCGUCCAGGGCAACUCUGCAUACUGUGAAGAUAUUGAUGAGUGUGCGGCUAAGAUGCACUACUGUCAUGCCAACACAGUGUGUGUCAACCUGCCGGGGUUAUAUCGCUGUGACUGCAUCCCAGGAUACAUCCGUGUGGAUGACUUCUCUUGUACGGAGCACGAUGAUUGUGGCAGCGGACAGCACAACUGUGACAAAAAUGCCAUCUGCACCAACACAGUCCAGGGACACAGCUGCACCUGCCAGCCGGGCUAUGUGGGAAACGGCACCAUCUGCCGAGCGUUCUGUGAAGAAGGGUGCAGAUAUGGAGGUACCUGUGUGGCUCCUAACACAUGUGUCUGUCCUUCUGGGUUCACCGGAAGCCACUGCGAGAAAGAUAUUGAUGAAUGUGCAGAGGGAUUCGUUGAGUGCCACAACCACUCCCGCUGCGUUAACCUGCCAGGGUGGUACCACUGUGAGUGCAGAAGCGGUUUCCAUGACGAUGGGGCCUACUCACUGUCCGGGGAGUCCUGCAUUGACAUUGACGAAUGUGCCUUAAGAACUCAUACCUGUUGGAAUGACUCUGCCUGCAUCAACUUAGUGGGAGGUUUCGAUUGCCUGUGUCCCUCGGGACCCUCCUGCUCUGGUGACUGUCCCCACGAAGGAGGGCUGAAGCACAAUGGGCAGGUGUGGAUCCUGAGAGAAGACAGGUGUUCAGUCUGUUCCUGCAAGGACGGGAAGAUAUUCUGUCGGAGGACAGCUUGCGAUUGCCAGAAUCCAAAUGUUGACCUUUUCUGCUGUCCAGAGUGUGACACCAGGGUCACAAGCCAAUGUUUAGAUCAAAGUGGACACAAGCUCUAUCGAAGUGGAGACAACUGGACCCACAGCUGCCAGCAAUGCCGCUGUCUGGAAGGAGAGGCAGACUGCUGGCCUCUAGCUUGCCCUAGUUUGAGCUGUGAAUACACAGCCGUCUUUGAAGGGGAGUGUUGUCCCCGCUGUGUCAAUGACCCCUGCCUGGCUGAUAAUAUUGCCUAUGAUAUCAGAAAAACUUGCCUGGACAGCUCCGGUGUUUCGCGGCUGAGCGGUGCAGUGUGGACAAUGGCUGGAUCUCCUUGUACAACCUGUAAAUGCAAGAAUGGGAGAGUCUGCUGCUCUGUGGAUCUGGAGUGUCUAGAAAAUAACUGAAGUAUUUUAAAUGGACUCAUCACAGGAGAAAACGGACAAAAUGACCAUCAAACCCAUGGAAGAGGAGGGGCUGAUUUUUUUUUUUUCUUUUUAACCACACUCAAUUACCAAAGUCUCCAUCUGAGGAAGGUGUUGGGUUGCCUUCACCACUUUGCUCAUCCUUGCUGACCUAGUCUAGAUGCCUGCAGUACCGUGCAUUCCAGUCGAUGGUUGUUGAGUCUCUGUGUUGUAAAUCACAUUUCCUUCAUCAGAACAUUUGCGGAUACAUCUAAAGGGUCCCAUGAUAAAUGUUAAUGUAUUUUUUGUUUAUUUUCUGUACUAACAUAAUAGAGACUUGGCACCAUUUAUUUAUU